CGCGCAGGAUCUACCCGGAGGGUCUUCCGGCGCACGUGGGCCGGUCCCAGCAUGCUGCGCCGCGAGGCCCGUCUCCGCCGGGAGUACCUGUACCGCAAGGCCCGGGAGGACGCGCAGCGCACGGCCCAGGAGAAGAAGGAGAAGGUUAAGCGCGCCCUGGAAGAGAACCGCCUGAUUCCCACCGAGUUACGACAGGAGGCUCUGGCCUUGCAGGGGUCCCUGGAAUUUGAUGAUGCCGGCAGUGAAGGUGUCACCAGCCACGUUGAUGACGAGUAUCGGUGGGCUGGGGUGGAGGACCCCAAGGUCAUGAUCACCACUUCCCGAGACCCCAGCUCCCGCCUCAAAAUGUUUGCAAAGGAGAUGAAGCUGGUGUUCCCGGGCGCUCAGCGAAUGAACCGUGGCCGGCAUGAGGUGGGGGCGCUGGUACGAGCUUGCAAGGCCAAUGGCGUCACUGACCUGCUGAUUGUCCAUGAGCACAGAGGCACUCCUGUGGGACUCAUUGUCAGCCACCUGCCCUUUGGCCCCACGGCUUACUUCACGCUGUGCAAUGUCGUUAUGCGUCAUGACAUCCCCGACCUGGGCACCGUGUCAGAGGCAAAACCUCACCUCAUCAUGCAUGGCUUCUCCUCCCGCCUGGGCAAGCGGGUAAGUUGGGACCUUGGGGUGAGAGCUAGGACUGGGGUAGGGGGCAAUAGACUGGGCGUUCACCAUUUCCCUUCCCUCUCCCAGGUGUCCGACAUACUCCGUUACCUGUUCCCAGUGCCCAAAGAUGACAGCCACCGGGUCAUCACCUUUGCAAACCAGGACGACUACAUCUCCUUCCGGCACCAUGUGUAUAAGAAGACCAGCCACCACAACGUGGAGCUGACUGAGGUCGGGCCUCGCUUUGAACUGAAAUUAUACAUGAUCCGCCUGGGCACGCUGGAACAAGAGGCCACAGCAGACGUGGAGUGGCGCUGGCACCCAUACACCAACACUGCACGCAAGAGGGUCUUUCUAAGUUCCGAGUGAGCCUGCUUGCAUCAGGAUGUGGGCCUGGACCCAGGUGGGGAGGGGCCAGAAUAAAACGUGUUUGUCACACCGCUGUCUGCCUCCUCUCUGGUCACAUUCCU